AACUGUCAUCGUCAUGUGUCAAAUUGCACUGUAGUUUAAAAAUCCUAUUAGGUUCAGAAAAGCCGGGAAAAUAGAUACCUGCUUGAAAUAUGUACUUUUAUUACAAUCCAUCAAGUGUAUGAGGUUAUAAAAAACUUAAACAAUGACUUUUCCUGAUGAAAAUGGAUUUUCCGUUGGUGAUGCAGCAAGAGUUAGAGGUGUUCAAGGUCAUACAAUAUCACAGGCUUACGCCGAUGGUGGUAUAAAGGCCGGUGCCGCUCGGGCAGCUAGACUCGCCUAUGGAGUGCUCUCACGACGCAAGGCGGCCGAGGAAGGUGUAGCGAGGCUCGCGAGGGUACUGUCAGCACUUGACUUGACAGCCCUCGGUGUAGGCAGUACGCUGGGUGUGGGGGUGUACGUCCUAGCUGGUGAUGUGGCCAAGAAUUAUGCUGGCCCUGCUGUGGUUCUGUCGUUUCUUUUGGCUGCGGUCGCUAGCGUAUUCGCCGGUCUCUGUUACGCUGAAUUCGGUGCUCGCGUACCCAAGGCCGGCUCCGCUUACGUUUACAGUUACGUCUGCGUUGGAGAGUUCAUUGCCUUUAUCAUUGGAUGGAAUCUGAUAUUGGAGUAUAUUAUAGGUGCGGCGUCUGUGGUGAAGGCGCUCAGUGAGUACCUGGACUCGUUGCUGGACAAGUCUAUCUCCAGUCAGCUGUACUCCUGGAUGCCGAUGGACUCCCCUCACCUCGCCAAAUACCCGGAUCUGUUCGCCUUCCUCGUCAUCAUGCUGUUCUCUGUGGGUCUUGCAUUCGGUGUGAAGGAAUCGACCAAAUUCAAUAACUUCUGUACCGGUGUCAAUCUGUGUGUAGUGCUGUUUGUCAUUAUAUCUGGAUCAUUCAAAGCUGAUACAAAGAACUGGCGCAUCCCUGAGUCGGAGGUGCCUCACGACGGCAAAAAGAACUUCGGCAGUGGAGGCUUCGCUCCCUACGGCCUGGCCGGGGUUGUGAAGGGUGCUGCGGUGUGCUUCUAUGGGUUCAUUGGUUUCGACUGUGUGGCGACUGCUGGCGAGGAAGCUCGUCGUCCUCAGAAGUCGAUUCCGUUCGCGGUGGUGGUGUCGCUACUGGUGGUGUUCCUCGCGUACUUCGGCGUGUCUUCAGUGCUGACCCUCAUGAUGCCGUAUUACAUGCAGGACGAGAAAGCUCCGUUCCCUUUCGUGUACGACCAGCUAGGCUGGACGUGGGCCAAGUACGCCGUCAGUGUCGGAGCAAUUUGUGCUUUAUUGUCUAGUCUGCUGGGAGCUGUGUUCCCCCUCCCUCGUAUUAUCUACGCGAUGUCUUCGGACGGUCUGUUGUUCCGCUGGCUGGGAGCCGUCAGCGAGAAACAUCAGACGCCACUCGUGGGGACCAUGGUCGCUGGUCUGCUUACUGGAACCCUGGCCAUGAUCUUCGAGCUGGAGCAGCUGAUCCACAUGAUGUCUAUCGGGACCCUGCUGGCCUACUCCAUGGUCGCCUCCUGUGUAAUGCUGUUAAGGUACCAGAGCUCCCAGUCGCCUCACCGCGCGCCGGAGCCCAUCCGUCCGUGUGUCCGCGGCCUGCUCCGUCAGUGUGUGAACUUGGACCGUGUGACGUCACCGUCUCCGCUCAGCUCCACCGUCGCCACCACACUCGUCACGUUGUACGGAGUAUGGUCUUUGGUACUCAUGAACAGUAUCCACCAGCGCGGGGAGGCGGUGCUCUUAGGUGAUCCGGCGGCCGUCUGCGAGGUGUCUGUGGGCGCCGCCCUGGUCGUGUUCACACUGUUCGCGAUAUCAAGACAACCUGUCUCCGAAAAGAAAUUGGCUUUCUCGGUGCCGUUGGUGCCGUGGCUGCCGGGUGUGAGUGUGUUGUUGAACGUGUACCUCAUGUUGAACCUGGACCACGCCACAUGGAUACGGUUCGCGGUCUGGAUAGCGGCCGGUCUCCUGAUCUAUGUAACCUACGGCGCGUGGCACAGUUCUGAGCGCCGUCGAACCCUGGACACAGUACAGUUGGCUGAGCUUCACAACGACAGUCAAACUGCUCUCCUGGGUCAGACACUCUGACACAUACCACAACAACAACAACAACAGUUGGCGAGCCCCACCGGGACUGUUGUGUCGUUUAUAUCCAGUAUUUGAUAAAACGAACUCUCGAGGACUCUUAUAAAAACAUGCAUAAAAAGGUUUGAUACAAAUUCAUAAUAAAACUUUACUCGCUUGUAAAACUCAAAUUAUAGAAAGAAAAUAUAGGAUUUGAAAUAUUUAAAAAGAUAUCGCUAUUGAACCGUUUCUUUCGCGUUUGUGUAAACAUUUUUAUAUCCUAGUUCUCUUUCGUUUGAUGUUCACUGCCUUUAACCAUGUCUUUGUUGUUUUAAUAUUCGAAUCACUAGAUACGUUUAGAUUAAGUCUGCGGGAUUUUAACUGAGAGAUAUAUUUUAGUCGGUAUAACAAAAGCUUCUCUGUUCUCUUGCAAAUGAUUGAAAUUAUGAUAUAACGAAGAAUCUCGUUGGUUCCUCCCGACACCAAAGCGUUAUGUUAAAUGUAAACUACCAAAUCGUUAUUAAUAUAAGCGUUUAUGUCUUAAUCACUGCUUUUAGACUUCAUUUGCUUUUAAAAUUAAGGAGUCUGUUUAUUCCGCUAUAAAAAUAUUUUUGCAAAACAAAUAUAAUUUGAAUAUUUUGAUGAUGAUUAUUAUUAUUGGACGAUCUUUAUUACGAUAUGAAGUUAAGUCUUUCAUCUCACACGUCUCAGUACUAUGAAAUUGUAGUCGGAAUAAUGUAAGACAAAAUGUGGAAUCAUGUAAUGUUUAUUUUAAGUGUUCCGUUGUAUUUAAUACGACUUUAAACAAACUCGGUAUUAUAUUCUUGUACUUAAUGUUACAUUAGAGUAGGCUGUGAAGUAAUAAAAUGUGCUUGAAACUA